GAUGCUGGCAUAUUCUCCAUUGCUGUGAUACAGGCAGGCAGCAGCAUCGUCUUUUGUGAGCAAUAUAUGGGCCUGCACAUACUUCUAUAGGAUCCAUCCCUGCCAGACUGCAGUCCGUCUCCGAAUCAGGGGUGGACACAUAUUGAGAACCUAGGAGUCAUCCAUGCAUUUUAAGAAUCAGAACACGGAGCACCCAGCACCUUCACAUCUGCCUGGCACAUCUCCAGUCAAGAACCCCAACUGUGCCUGAGAAAUCCUCUUGAUGGUGCUCCUAUCGCAGUGAAACACUUAAUUUCUAGGGACAAUCAAGGAGAAAGGGAAGGGGGGGACUUGUUCGAUUGCUUUUUAAAAUAAAGAAAUAGAAAGGCUUUAGGGCUCAUGUGAGAUUGUAAGGGGGAGUUUUUGCACCAUUUUUGGUUAUAAGAGUCUUCCUGUCUCUUCCUUAGGGCAACUGUGAAGAUAGGAAUGUAAAGAUAAUUGCCCUCUUUUUUCCUUUCCCCUUCCAUCCUUCCCUUAAAAUCUUCCCCUUCCUUGUUUCCUUCUUUCCCCAUCUACAGUUCUUUUUUUCUUUCUAGUUGUUACCUUUUUUUAAUUAUUUCUCCUUAUUAGUUUUAUAACUUUUCCAUUCUUAUACAUUCUCAUCUCCUUUUUUGUAAUUUUAUCACUAUUUCUAAAUAAAACUUUCCAAAUAUUUAUCUAUUUUUUUUAAUAAUACUUUAGCAAUUCUUUCUUGUCUUCCUUACAAUCACUAUGACUUUAUUUUUUCAAUAGUCUUUGACUUCAUCCCCUACCCCAUUUCCUAUCUCUUCUACAUUCUCUCCUCUUACUCACCACCUCUACUCUCCAUGUGGUCCCUCCUUUAUCUGUCUUCUCUACUCUCCCUUCCCCUUUGUACCUUUUCCCUCCAGUUUUAUGGGGCACCUGGUCAAUGGGUCCGUUACUCUCGUCCUACUUUAGCAAGUGGUAAUGGAGGGUGGGGGGAAGACCUCACUUUCCGGCUUCGGACAAAUACCAGCCGUGGUCUCCUCCUUUAUCAAGAUGAUGAAGGAGAUUGUGACUUUCUUGAGUUAGCUUUGGAUGGAGGACGCCCCCGAUUGAGGUUCUCCAUCUCUUGUUCAGAGCCUGCUGUUGUACACUUACCUCGGGUGGUGUCAGAUGGACUCUGGCAUGGCAUAGUAAUUGGAGGCAAUGGGCGCGAAGGUUGGCUGGCUCUAGAUGGAGAAAGAGGAGCAGCUGAAGUGCGCUCAAAGCGCAGAGAAAUGAUACUUCGCAGUGACCUUUUUGUUGGUGGUCUCCCAUCUGAUCUACGCUUAUCAGCACUAACUCUAGGUGGAGCCAAAUAUGAGCCACCUUUUCUUGGUGAAUUGGAGGGACUAAGGUUGGGGGGGAAGCCAGCACAGCUUUUGGCAAGCCAAGGGGUGGGAGGAACAGAAGAGGAGGAAGAGAGGGGGGAAGAACAGGGUAAGCCCCAGUUGUGCCGAGGAGCAAACCCCUGUCUCAAUGGAGGAAGAUGUAGAGAUGAGGUGGAAGGAAAUGUACGAUGUGACUGUCGGGACACUGGAUACCAUGGAGAAAACUGUUCUGAAGAGGAUCGUGUGAUUGAAGUUCCAGCACAUCUGACGUUAAGCAACCAAGGAAAGGAAGAAUAUGCGGCUACAUUCCAAGGAAACGAGUUCUUCUGCUAUGAUCUGUCCCACAACCCAAUCCAGAGCAGUGCGGAUGAAAUUACCCUCUCCUUUAGAACCCUCCAGCGGAAUGGUUUGAUGCUCCAUACCGGAAAGUCUGCAGACUAUGUCAACCUUUCAUUGAAGAGUGGCGCAGUGUGGUUGGUUAUCAACCUUGGAUCUGGAGCCUUCGAAGCUCUAGUGGAGCCUGUCAAUGGGAAGUUCAAUGAUAACAGCUGGCAUGACGUCCGUGUCACAAGGAAUCUACGGCAGCAUGCAGGCAUCGGACAUGCUCUGGUCACCAUUUCAGUUGAUGGGAUUCUCACUUCAACGGGGUACACCCAAGAGGAUUACACCAUGUUGGGGAGUGAUGACUUCUUCUAUAUUGGAGGCAGUCCAAACACAGCUGAUCUCCCAGGAUCCCCUGUCAGUAACAACUUCAUGGGCUGCCUUAAGGAUGUUGUAUAUAAAAAUAAUGAUUUCAAGCUAGAACUGUCCCGUUUAGCUGCAGAUGGUGAUCCAAAGAUGCGGCUUAGUGGUGACCUCCUCUUCCGCUGUGAAAAUGUUCAAUCUUUAGACCCUGUGACAUUUCAAGUACCUGAGGCAUUUUUGCUCCUUCCUCGAUGGGAGACCAAAAAAGCUGGAUCAAUAUCUUUUGACUUUAAGACCACAGAACCUAGUGGUCUUCUCCUCUUCAGCCAGGGAAGGCCACGUAUCGGUGCACCAGGAACAGCUCCGGGAGUAGUGGUCACUGGAAGACCGGAAAAGCCACCAAAAGCAGAUUAUUUUGCAGUGGAGUUACUUGAGGGAACACUGUAUCUUUUGCUUGAUCUUGGAUCUGGCGGAAUUAAGGUGAAAGCAAGUCAUAAAAAGGUCAAUGAUGGAGAAUGGUGCCAUGUUGACAUCCAGAGAGAUGGCAGAAGAGGCUCUAUUUCCGUUAAUAGCCGAAAUACUCCCUUUCAAGUUGGAGGUGAGAGUGAAAUUCUUGACCUUGAAGGUGAAAUGUAUCUUGGAGGUCUUCCAGAACCAAGAGACGAUCUUCAACUUCCCCCAGAAGUCUGGACAGCCUCCCUUGGCUUGGGAUUUGUAGGCUGCAUACGAGAUCUUUUUGUAGAUGGGAAAAGCAGAGACAUCAGACGGCUAUCUGAGUUAUCAGGAGCUGCUGGUCUUGCUCCAUUCUGUACUCGGGAGACCCAGCGCCAAUGCACGAAUUCCCCAUGUAGGAAUGGGGGGCAGUGCAGAGAAGGCUGGAACCGCUAUAUCUGUGACUGCGUUGGCACAGGGUACCUUGGGGACACAUGUGAGAGAGAAGCAGCAGUCCUGAGCUAUGAUGGCAGCAUGUACCUCAAGGUCCUGCUCCCCGGAGUCACCCACACAGAAGCAGAGGAUGUCUCUCUACGGUUCAUGUCCCAGCGAGCAUACGGACUUCUUCUGGCCACCACCUCCAAAGAGUCUGCAGAUACACUACGACUAGAACUUGAUGGAGGAAAAGUAAAGCUCACCGUAAACCUAGACUGUAUACGGAUAGUAUGCGGGCCCAGUAAAGGCCCAGAGACAUUGUUCGCGGGUCAGAAGCUGAAUGACAAUGAGUGGCACACAGUUCGGGUACUUCGGAGAGGGAAAUAUCUGCAGCUCAGCGUGGACAAUGUCACAGUUGAAGGUCAUAUGGCUGGUGACCACACCCGACUGGAGCUUCACCAUCUGGAAACUGGGAUAAUGACGGAGCGUCGUUUCCUUUCAGCUCCACCCUCAAACUUCUUGGGUCACCUGACAGCUUUGCGCUAUAAUGGUGCCCCAUAUCUUGACUUAUGUCAGGAUGGUGAAUUAGGCAGACGUUGUGAGCUCAAUGCUCGAGCUGGAGGUCUUCGUCCACUGUUAGCUGAUCCUGUAGUCUUUCGUUCAGGGCCAGCUCAUCUAGCCCUUCCGCGGCUCCAAGCCUAUGCCUCUAUGCAUCUUCUCUUCAUGUUCCGGGGACGACAUCCUGAUGGUCUCUUACUCUACAAUGGAGGUCAGGGGCCAGACUUCAUCGCUGUGGAACUUGUGAAGGGGUAUAUACACUAUGUUUUUGACCUUGGGAAUGGUCCAUCCUUGAUGAAAGGCAACUCUGAGCGACCAUUGAAUGAUAACCAGUGGCACAGUGUAGCUGUCUCCAGAGAUCCAGGAAAUGCACAUACGCUGAGGAUUGAUGGAAGGACAGUCACACAGCAUUCUACAGGGGCCAGCAAUCUAGAUCUGAAAGGUGAACUCUAUAUUGGUGGUCUCCCCAGAAAUAUGUAUGCCACGCUCCCCAAGCUUGUUGCAUCACGUGAUGGAUUCCAGGGCUGUCUUGCCUCAGUGGAUCUAAACGGGCGCCUCCCAGAUCUCCUGACUGAUGCUCUUCAUCGAUUUGGCCCUGUGGAGAGAGGCUGUGAUGGACCCAGCACUACGUGCUCAGAGGAGUCUUGUGGUAACCUCGGUGUGUGCCUACAACAGUGGGACGGCUUCACAUGUGACUGCACCAUGACCUCCUAUGGAGGACCCGUCUGCAAUGAUCCUGGUACCACAUAUAUAUUUGGGAAAGGGGGUGCUCUCAUCACAUACACCUGGCCCCCCAAUGACCGACCAAGUACAAGAGCUGACCGACUUGCAGUUGGCUUUACUACACAGCAGAAGGAUGCAGUGUUACUUCGAGUGGACAGUGCUUCUGGUUUGGGAGACUACUUACAACUUCACAUAGACCAGGGCACAGUGGGGGUCAUUUUUAAUGUGGGGACUGAUGAUAUAACCAUCGAAGAGCCAGGGGCCCUGGUGAGCGAUGGGAAGUAUCAUGUGGUGCGAUUUACCCGUAGUGGGGGUAAUGCUACCUUGCAGGUGGACAGCUGGCCAGUCAACGAGAGAUAUCCUGCAGGUGAGGACAACCCUAACAUAUACACAAGCCUGAGAGGCACUUCUCCUGAAAGGAACCCAGAUAGUGAAAGAUUGGCGCUUGCCCGUCAGCGCAUCCCCUACCGCCUGGGUCGUGUUGUAGACGAGUGGCUGCUAGACAAAGGUCGGCAGCUCACUAUCUUCAACAGCCAGGCGGUUAUCAAAGUUGGUGGGAAGGACCAGGGACGUCCGUUCCAGGGUCAGAUCUCAGGCUUAUACUACAAUGGCCUAAAGGUGCUGUCCCUAGCUGCAGAAAGUGACCCAAAUGUUAGGACAGAGGGCAACCUAAUGCUCGUCGGUGAGGUUCCAUCCGUCAUGACCACAGAAACCACAGCCACUACACUUUUGGCUGACAUGUCUACCACCAUCAUGGAGACAACUACAACCAUGGCUACCACGACCACAAGGAAAGGGAGGUCCCCAACAAUGAGAGACAGCAUCACACCGAAUUCUGAUGAUCUCCUUGUAGCAUCAGCUGAGUGUCCUAGUGAUGAUGAAGAUUUGGAGGAAUGUGAGCCCAGUACUGGAGGGGAAUUAAUAUUGCCCACAAUAACAGAAGAUUCCUUAGAUACCCCUCCCAUUGCUACCCGCUCCCCCUUUGUACCUCCCCCCCCUACUUACCGAACUGUCCUCACUCUGGACACUACCAAAGAUUCCUUGAGUGUUCCUUCCAACCUGAGGCCACCAUGCCCUUCUGAGCAAGAGGAUAGUGAUUGUGAGGAGGGGAUAGAGGUUUCUGGUUAUGCUUCAGGGGAGGUAUUUGAAUCAAGUUUUCCUCCUACUGAUGAUGAGGACUUCUAUACCAGUUUUCCAUUGGUAACAGAUAGAACCUUGCUGUCCAGAGAUGCAGCAAGGAGACCUUCUGGCUCUCGACCAAAUACAAAGGCAGGAGGUUCAACCUCCUCCCCUUAUGACCUUCUCACCUCCACCACAUCCCCAGACCUUGUCCGGAACAUCCCUGCCGGCAAAAUGAAUAACAGGGAACCCCCAAAACCCAAUUUAGACCAAUACCCUCAUAUCCCUACCUCUUUCCAGCUAGACAAGCUAAACAAGCAGAGGUUCCCACCUAUAACUUCUUCCCCUAAUUUCCACAAUUUUCCUACAGCAAAUCCUACAGGCUCAGGGGAGAAAGGAUCUCCUGGAGCAGUAGAAGUUAUCAGGGAGUCCAGCAGCACUACAGGAAUGGUUGUAGGAAUUGUGGCAGCAGCUGCUCUCUGCAUCCUCAUUCUUCUCUACGCAAUGUACAAGUACAGAAACAGGGAUGAGGGGUCCUACCAGGUGGACCAAAGCCGGAACUACAUCAGCAACUCUGCCCAGAGUAAUGGUGCUGUGGUGAAAGAAAAGACUGCACCUGCCACUAAAACAGUUGGUAAGAGUAAGAAAAAUAAGGACAAGGAGUAUUAUGUGUGAGCUUAGAAUGGACUCUCCCAAAUGUGGGAGUAUGGUUGGCAAAAUCCAACCAACCAUUCAAUGGAGAUACAAGACUGACCCCAUGCUGUGACCAAUUAUUGACUAAGCAACAGUGACUAAGACCCAGGUCAACAGUUGGCUGUCACCUUAAUCAACCAAUCCACUGCUUAAACAACUGCCAACUGUUAAAAAACACCCAACUAAGGGUUAUCCAGACAUUAACCUUUGGUCAGCCAUUUGAAUGUCAAAAAUUAGCAAACCUACUGUACUGUAUCUACAGCAACUAACUAUGGAAACAUACAUGAACAUAUCCACUGCUCAUCAAAUCACCAAACGGUGGAUCAACACCAACAAGUCUUCUACUAAUUGAUGGUAAUCCGAUCAUCUGAAGAAACUGCUAAGAACAAGAGAUGCCUCUACUUUUUAACAAUAUUGUACCUAAUGUUUCCCACCUAAACUUUUCUCUCUAACCAUAAAAAGGAAAGACAUCUCCUCCUAUUUCUAUUUCUUCUCAUGUCUUCUUGAGGAGAAAAAGCCAAUAUUUCCACUGACCUCUUGUGUUGGAAACUCUUUAAUAUUAUUACAGAUACAAUUCUAAAAAAAAAAAAAACCUUUAACUUGGUUCCUGCCUAAAGGUGGUAGUACCAGGUAAGGUAUAUAGUGUGGAGAUCUCCUUCCAUGGACAAACAUGCUAAAAUUAGGAGAGAUGGUCAGUAAUGAUCAGUCAACUAUAAUCCUUAAACAACGUGGAGCCAUUGAGGGGAGAGGAUGGUAGAAUGUUGAGAAAACCAUGUUUAGAGACACAAACUUGGUCAAAUAUGUUGGAAAGAGGGCUAACAGAACUGGCCUUGGUUAUGCUCUCCCCUCCCUUAACCUCAUUGCCCCUCAGUUUCCUCUAUGCCCUUCUAAAGAUCAAGGUUAUUUCUAUUCUGGUUUGUGUGGUGUUGUCUUGGUUUUUUGAACGCUGAGCCGUGCGUUUGACUUCUUCAUGGACUAAAUCUACUGCCCCACACCCCUCAAGAAAUCAACAUCCAUUUUACCACCCCAGAAUUUAUCCUUAUACCCCUUGAAAUAAAAUGGACUAGAAAUAAUGGGGUUUGGGGUACUGGUGCAAAGAGAGUAUCAGAAUAUCAAUAAAGCAAAUGUUACGGCCUUGUAUAA